AUGAUUAGAAGGCCUCUGCGAAACCACUACGAAACCUUGAAUCCACAUCCAACUAUACCUAACUCCUCUAUUUAUCGCAACCAUCAACAUCCACCAAUAGCUGCUGCUGCAUCACCUUCUCUACUGACCCCCUUUCAUAGACAAAUGCAAAAACACUUAUUAAAAAAGAAUCAAGAGAGGAUUGAAGCUAUUGCGAAGAAGAAGGAGGGAGGGAAUGCAUUGUUCAAGGCUGGCAAAUAUGAAAGAGCCUUGAGAAGAUAUAAGAAGGCAACAAACUUUAUUGAGUAUGACUUAUCUUUCAUCGACAAAGAGAAGAAGCAAUCAAAGGAGCUGAAGUUUCUGCAAGCUUAA